UAUACUGUUCGUAUUUCACUUGACUGUGAAAACAACUGGUCUCRUAGUCCAGGUUUGAGAGGUUUUCUGUCGCUUACWUUUUUAUUUUCUUCGGCAUUGUUUGGAAAUGACCCCGCUUAACACCGAGUGCAGCAUUUGUCUGAUUUACGAAUAUGUUUGACCUGUAAGAUAUUAUUUUUGAAUGUUAGCAAAUACUAGCUAGCUUUCCGGAGCUCUUUACGGAAGCGCUGGAGUUAGCAUUUUGGCCGUGUAGUUCACUGACCCUCGGCUAUGGCGACUUAGGCGUAAAGUUUUACGGUUUUGUUUUAAAAUGUCCCAUCUUGAUUCGGAUGUCACCACCCCGUUACUCCGGGACGAUGCGAGUAGCGAUGACUCGCAGGAUGAGGACUACAGAAGCCGGUGGAGGUCAAUCCGAGUCAUGUACUUCACCAUGUUCCUCAGCAGUGUAGGUUUCACCAUCGUCAUAACAUCCCUAUGGCCCUAUUUGGAAAAGGUGGACAGCAGCGCCGAUGCGAGCUUCCUGGGCUGGAUGGUGGCAGCCUACAGUCUGGGGCAGAUGGCGGCCUCGCCUCUCUUCGGCUGGUGGUCGAAUCACCGCCCGGCCCGGGAGCCGCUCGUCUGCUCCAUCUUCAUCAACCUGUCGGCCAACAUCUACUACGCUUACGCUUACCUGCCCAAAACCAACAACAAGUACCACAUGCUCAUGUCCAGAGCCUUUGUGGGCUUCGGCGCAGGUAAUGUUGCCGUGGUGAGGUCGUACGUUGCAGGGGCGACGUCACUGAAGGAGAGGACCAGCGCCAUGGCCAACAUGAGCGCCUGUCAGGCUCUGGGUUUCAUCCUCGGGCCUGCUCUACAGGCAGGUCUGUCGUUCAUCGGUGAAAACGGCGUCACGCUCGACUUCCUGGACCUUCAGCUCAACAUGUACACGACCCCGGCUUUACUGGCCGCGGCUUUCGGCCUCGUCAACAUCCUGCUGGUUCUCCUGGUGUUGAAAGAACACCGCGUGGAUGAAGAAGGAAGGAAUGUUCGCGCGAUUAACUACACUGAAGAAGACAGAGUUGAUCUCCUGGAUGAAGCAGAGGAAUCGAUCGACCAGCUCGCCGUUGUGACCUCCAACAUCUUGUUCUUCGUCGUCAUGUUCAUCUUCGCYGUCUUUGAAACAAUCGGCACGCCCUUGUCCAUGGACAUGUUCGCCUGGACGAGGAAAGAAGCCGUUCUGUACAACGGCAUCAUCAUGUGUGCCAUCGGCUUUGAGUCUAUCCUGGUGUUUCUGGCUGUGAAAGCAGCCAGUCGAAGGUUCGGGGAUCGUCCUGUGUUGCUCACAGGCUUUUCUAUAAUUUUCUGUGGUUUCAUUAUUCUGCUUCCAUGGGGAAAUCAUUUCCCUAAAAUCCAGUGGGCAGAUGUCAGAAACAACUCGUUGGUCAGCCGGACGUCUGAGGGGACGUUAGCCGCUAACAGCACGUUGGAGCCGACGGGCUGCCCGUACGAACAGACCUGGUGUCAGUAUACGCCCGCCAUCUACCUCGCUCAGUACAUCUCAUCCGACAUCCUUAUAGGAGUGGGUUACCCAGCWUGCAAUGUGAUGUCCUACACAUUAUAUUCCAAAAUCCUUGGACCAAAGCCUCAGGGCGUGUACAUGGGCUGGUUGACCACCUCGGGGAGCGGCGCGAGAACUCUGGGCCCCGUCUUCGUGUCCCACGUCUACACCCUGCUGGGCCCUCGCUGGGCCUUCAGCCUCAUCUGUGGGAUGGUGGUUGGAGCCAUCACCCUCCUCAGCUCCACCUACCGUCGACUCAUCGCCUACUCCGUUCGCCACGGGCGGAUUGUGGAGUAACGACCGUCCUCGUGGUGGAGAUUGCACAGCGUGCAGCCGGUUUACUUGAACAAACCUCUGUUACGCUUCCUUUAAACGUGAGAACUCGUAUUAAAURGUCUAGAACUCAGGGUUUUAACUUUUAAACUCGAUCUAAAGAACGGGGAGUUUUAAAGGCACAUGCUCACUGAAAACAUUGUCUUAUGGUGUUYUUAUUUUAACUGAGCAGAAAAUGUUUCUGAAGCGUUUUUGGUUCAGCKUUUUAUUAAUAAUAUACAAUAAUAAUAUUUUAUGACUUUAAAAGGCCUGAACUUGAAGUUAAAAACUACAAGUUUGGUUAUUCUUAAAUUAUUCAGAGAAUUAUGUCUGAGUUUACUGUAACAAUGAAUGGAAUUAUGCAAUAAAUGUUUAAUACAAACUGUUUUUGUCAAUUUUAUUGCACUUAUACUGCCUAAUGUUUUCUUUUUUGUGUGUGUUAAUUCCAGAGGAAGAGAUUGUUUUUCUCUGCUGCUUUUGUGUUGAAUUUAAUAAGAUGUAAUUAGUAUUCUUAUUGGUCUUUUAAGGGUGCUUUCUGGAAAUUACUGUAUGACUAAUGUCUUUACAAACUGAAGUUUACAUCUUUAACUGAAACUGGCCCUGAAAAUAAACAUAAAACAACCUUUCA